AUGGCCGAUGCUUCCUCCAAGUCGUCCUCAGUCAUCAAAUCGGGCGGGGACGCUAUGUCAAUUGUCAAGUCGGGCGGGGAGGUCACGGAAGGCAUCGUGAGGAUGAUCAGCGGGCCUGACCUGGUUCAAACAUCCAUUGCCAACCUCAACAAUGCUGCCGCCUUCUCGAUGGGGGCCAGUGCUUGCGCUCAAGCCGUCGAGACCCUCGCCGACACCCACAUCAAGUUGACGGACGGUCGGGAUCAACUUCGAGCCCAGACCGAGCACAUCAGGGUCAGAACCGAAGAAGUCCUCAUCAAUACCGCACCUGCCCUCACUGGGGUCUUCGCCGGCGAUCUCGACCAUGAGGUGGUCUCGGUCCGGGAGCGCUCGAUCGGUCUACUCAGGGGGAAGGUCUUUCAGGGCGACGAGUACGAGAUCUGCAAGGAGAAGGGUGCGAGGCGAUAUGUCCUGCUCGUGGCGAUUCUUGACAAUCAUGACACGGUCACUCGCCUCAAGAACAUCUAUCUCCCUCCUUCCCUCGUCGUCCCUGACCACGUCUCUCUCCAAACCAAGGUAUUCUCUACCGGUCGCGGGCAGGCCAUCUUUGAUGAGGUCGAGGAGACGAUGCAGGGGAAGCUGGAAAGACUGGUCAGGAGUGACGACACGUACAACAUAUACUUCCUCCUGGGGUCCGGCGUCCACCUCGCUCGCGAUGCAGUCUCUCGCCUCACCAUGACCCACCUCGGGCCCAUCACCUCCGCGGCCGGCGAAUUCUACGGCGACUGCAUCCGCGGUGCGAAUGGUAUGCCAAGGCACUUCCUACCCGUCGGUCUCCAGCUCCACAUCCAGCUGGGCAAGACCUCGCAGCUCGUCCCCAUUCUCAAUAUCUUGUCCAUGAGCAAGCCCGACGGGAAAGCCUUCCUCGCUCAGCGGUUUCACGACGUCCUAUUCUACGGCACCGAGGCGGAUAUCAAAAAGGCGCACGGCUGGGCGGCUUUCUUUAAGCGCCACCAAGGGGAGCCUAAACGCAAAGGGUUGAAGACGCUCGGCCUCGUCGUUGGCGUCCCGGUCGCUGCGGCCCUCUACUUCGUGACCGUACCCGCUGCGGUGGCAUGGUAUACUAUCGACAAGGGUGUUCACUGGGCCAAAGACGCUACCUACCUCUACUACCACCAUGGGGCCUACAAUCCCUCGGAAGGCGGUCGCGAGGUGUUGCAGAAGGCUUUCGGGUGGAAGGUGGCUGUUCAGAAGACCUAG